AUGAGUCAUACAAAUAAUAAUAAUUCAAGUAAGAAAGAUAUUGAAACUCAAUUUGAAAAUUUUCAUCUUGAUGAAUUUUCAAAAUCAACUCCUUUAUCAUCAAAACCUUCAAGAAAUAACUCAACAUCUUCAACAAAUUCAGAUAAAUCUACAACAACAGCUCAACCACCUUUGGCAUCACCACCCAUAACAUCAGCAUCAACAACUAAUACCUCAACUGUUCAUACUCCUAUAAAUAGUGAUAUUCAAGCAAGAUUAAUGGCUUUUCAACAAAAACGUUCAAAACCAGCAUCUGAACCUUUGAACGUAUAUAAACCUAAUAAUACUUCAAAAUUAUCACCAGCUUUGCCUGAUUCCAAUCAACUAAAAGCUGGAGUUUUCAAUAGUGAUUCUCUAAUAGAAACAAUUCAUAAUCAUAAAUCAAUAAAUGGGAAAGAAUUGGAUAUAAGUCAAAAGGAAAUUACUUCUUCUACAAAUACAUCGAAUUUAUUUAGUAAUCCUAAUUCCCAUCCAUCAAUAGUUCCACCACAAUUAAAUUUACCAAAUAGAUAUCCAAUGUCAAAUAGAUUUGCUUCAAUUAAUGGAUCCAACCCCCAAUUAAAUCAACAAGGUCCAGGAUCUCCACAACAAAUAUCUCAAAAGAAACCUUCUUUAUCUCAAAGACGAGGUAUGAAAUUAAAUACAAAUGCAUUACCAUUAAAUUCAUCAUCGUCACCAAAAACUUCUGCAUUAUCAUCACCUUCAUUACAACAACCACCCCAAAAUACUACUGGCUCGUUAAGCUCAGCAAUAAAUUUUGAAUCAAGUGCAUUGAAAUCACCAGGAGAAGAUACUCCACAAUCAACAAAUCAAUUAUAUGCAAAUCAAAUAAAACCAAAAUUAGGUACUCCCAAUGAAUUAUCAAGAAGAUUAUCAGAAAGAAAGAAAAAACCAAAUUUAAAAUUAAAUUUUGAUUCUUCAAAUAGUAAUUUACCUUCAAGAAAUAAUAGUUUAAGUAAAAAUUCAACACCUGGUUCAAUAAAUUCUGAUCAUAGUUUUGAUAGUAGCAACAAUAAUAGUACAAUAGAUAGUUCAAAUUCUGAACCACAGCUACAAGGUUUAUUUGCAAAUUAUUCAAAAUAUAUCGAUAUAAAAUCUGGUCAAUUAAAUUUUGCAGGUAAAGCAUCAUUACAUUCAAAGGGAAUAGAUUUUUCAUCAGGUUCAUCAUUUAGAGUAUCAUUAGAAGAAUUUGAAUGUUUAGAUGAAUUAGGUAGAGGUAAUUAUGGAUCAGUUUCAAAAGUUUUACAUAAACCAACUGGAGUAUUAAUGGCAAUGAAAGAAGUUAGAUUAGAAUUAGAUGAAACUAAAUUUACUCAAAUUUUAAUGGAAUUAGAUAUUUUACAUAAAUGUGAUUCUCCAUAUAUAGUUGAUUUUUAUGGUGCAUUUUUUGUUGAAGGUGCUGUUUAUAUGUGUAUUGAAUAUAUGGAUGGUGGUUCAUUAGAUAAAAUAUUUGGUGAUAAUAUAGGUGUGAAGGAUGAAACUUCAUUAGCAUAUAUAACAGAAUCAGUUAUAAGAGGAUUAAAAGAAUUAAAAGAUAAUCAUAAUAUAAUUCAUAGAGAUGUUAAACCAACAAAUAUAUUAGUAAAUUCUCAAGGUAAAGUUAAAUUAUGUGAUUUUGGAGUUUCAGGAAAUUUAGUUGCCUCAUUAGCUAAAACAAAUAUUGGUUGUCAAUCAUAUAUGGCACCAGAAAGAAUAAAAAGUUUAAAACCAGAUGAUGCAACAUAUUCAGUUCAAUCAGAUAUUUGGUCAUUAGGUUUAACUAUAUUAGAAUUAGCUGUUGGACAUUAUCCUUAUCCUGCAGAAACUUAUGAUAAUAUUUUUUCACAAUUAAGUGCAAUAGUUGAUGGAGAACCUCCAAAAUUAGAUUCAACAAUUUAUUCAAAAGAAGCUCAAUUUUUUGUAAAAUCAUGUUUAAAUAAAAAUCCAGAUUUAAGACCUUCAUAUUCUGCUUUAUUACAAAAUCCUUGGUUAAUUAAUUCAAGAGGUAAAGAACAUCAUUUGGAUAAAAUGGUACAAGAAAGAAUUAAAGAAUUAAAUCAAGUAAAAGAUGGAUCUAGCACCACUAAAAAACCAAAUACUAAUGCUGCUGAUAUACCACAAAAUGCAAAUAAAAAUGAAAGUGUUAAUUCAUUAUUAAAAAAUAAAGUUAAAGCUCCUGCAUUACAUAGAGGAGGAUUACAAAAAUUAAAUAAAAAUUUUUUAAACAGUCGAUAA